AUGGACGAUAAAUGGUUAGAACUUAUGGGCCCUGUGAAAGAUCAAGGAACCCACGUUGUAUGUUGGGCACUUGUCGCAGCUGAGAUGGUGAGUGCUAUAAGAUACCUCAAGAAGUAUGACACGGUGAAAACCGAAUACUCUCUACAAGACAUAGUGGACUUCACAAAUCCUGAAAAACGUGCUCAGAAAGGAGGACCACACUAUUGUUAUCCAUGGUAUGUGCACAAAGGAUUAGAAUACGUGAGUAGAGCUGGGAUCCAACGAGAAGAAGCUCGGCCAUUUCAUCGGGACCAUUGUGAAAAGGAUGUACCUCCGCGUAAUCCUGUACGACUUGGUUACAUCCGCGAAGCGGUACAACUAAAGACAAUUGAAGAUGCUCUUGUAGUUUUACUUGAACAUCCAGUUGCAGGCGGUAUACCUCUUUUCAGCCCAGAAUAUGCAAAUAUCAAAGAUGAAUUAUUCCAAGGUCCCACUGCUCAGCUUUCAACAUUCACGGGCAUGCACGCAGUCACUAUAGUAGGUGCAAACGAAGAAAACGGAGAGAAAUAUGUUCGUGUUCGAUCUAGUCAUGGCAAAACAAUUGGUAAAGAUGGAAACUUGAAAGUUUCCAUUGAAAUAAUGAUUGUGUGUCUCACCCCUCCUGAUCCUGGGUGUGUAAAUGACCCAUUCUAUCCAUAUAUGUAUUAUCCAUAUCCACAGCCUCUUCUGAGUGGAUUCACGUAUCCAACGUUGCUAUCCAAGGAAGAAGAGAAUGUUCGAAAGAAGAACGAAACAUGUCCUGGAUCAUGGAUCAUUGAUAUUGAUCCUCCUGAUUGA